AUGUGCAAUCCUCCAUUCUACUCUUCACGAGAGGAGAUGGUAAUGUCUGCCGAAACAAAAGAACGACCUCCAUUCUCGGUAAGAUCGAAAGGCCUUGUGUAUGCCUCAAACUUACCAUAUUUUCAGGCAUGCACAGGCGCCGAAGUCGAGAUGGUAACCCCAGGUGGGGAGGUAUCCUUCGUCUCCCGCAUGAUAGACGAGAGUCUUCAACUACGCAAGAGAGUGCAAUGGUACACAUCAAUGCUCGGAAAACUGAGUAGUGUCUCCGUGCUCAUCGAGAGACUGGCCAAACUCGGAAACAAUAACUACGCCGUGACCGAAUUCGUCCAGGGCAACAAGACGCGAAGGUGGGCGAUAGCCUGGUCAUGGGAUGACCUUCGCCCAACUGUGGCUGUGGCACGCGGCAUACCCAACUUCCCGAGACAACUUCUCCCUUUCCCAUCGGAAUACACAUUCGAUCUGCCCAAUAGCUCCAUAGAUAGCAUUGGUACCAGCGUUGAUACACAUCUAUCAGCACUUCAUAUCAACUGGACCUGGAAGAGGAACCUCGGUAUGGGUGUAGGCUUCGCGCCCGAAAACGUCUGGUCUCGCCAAUACAGGAGGAAAGCAAAACUGUCCGGUACUCAUGAGAAACCCGAGAUUGAAGAGCGCAAAGCAGCUCUGGGGUUCAAGAUGCAGUUGAAGAUGGAACCCGUUGAAGACAAGAUUGUGCGUGUUGUAGUGCGGUGGCUCAAGGGGACUGAUUCAGUUUUGUUUGAGAGUUUCUGUGGGAUGAUCAAACGGAAGCUUGAGGGGCGUUGA